AUGCCAGAAAAAGCACUCAUCAACCGCGCCGUCUCCACCAUCAGCGUGGAAUGCGAAUUCCUGUUAGAGCGGAGCAUGCUCUCAAAACCACAAUUCCAAUCCAUAAUGGCACAAUUACCUAAGAAAGGCGCAAUCCCAUCUCCCUACGUCGAUCCCCGCUUCAACCCCAGCCGCGCUCAGCAAUUCGAUCCCACUGCCUUGGCGCGCGAAGCGCAGGAUCCUAAGAACCCCGCGCAUCCUGAUCAUCCCAAGCACGAUGAGUGGGCGAAGCAGAUGGUUGCGAAGUUUGGAAAUGCGUCGUUGUAA